AUGCAGAACGUUGUCUCACCACCACCAAAUCUGGCAUUAUCAAUGACGCGGUGUCCACCAACAACAGCAAAGAAAGUGGGAUUAGUAGUUGGGAUUGGAAUUGAUGUCAUCAAAGCUUCGCGCUUUGAGAAGCUACUCAAAGCAAAGACAUCAUCAUUUGCUGAAAGGCUAUGUAAACGAAUAUUACAUCCUACAAAAGAGUUGCCGAGGUUCCAUAAAAUGAAUACCGAUCGACAGGUUCAAUUUUUGACAGGCUCUUGGGCUGCGAAAGAAGCAUUGUUCAAAACUUUACAACAAGACGAGCAAAACGAAUUCAAUUUCAAUGAAUGGUAUCGCUUCAAUGAUGAAACAGGAAAGCCCUUUAUAUGGAAUGACAAAUACGAUCCCAAUUGCGAGGAAUUUCAUUUGAGUAUAUCGCAUGAUGACUCACUAGUGGUUGCCACGGUUUUACGACAAAGGUUUCACAAAUUUGUAUUCGAAUAG